ACUAAAGCGCCUACAUAAAAAAGAGUAGCAGCAGCGGUUUGGGCGUCACUUUGACUACCGAUCGCGAGUCAGAGCUACUGGAAAACUAGAGACAAGGAAACCUCAUUUCCGUGCUGCUUGCAAUGGUUAAAGAAGUUCGUUCCCAUUUUCAGAAUUCUUAUCGGGCAACGACUGAAGUAUGAUUGAGUUGGCCUCGUUUCCGAAUCGCGUCUGGUUUGGGUACGCCUAUACCAAUACCGACACCGGGUUCGAGUCGAUACGGUUGGACCUGUGAUGAUUUAGUGUGAUUCCACGGGAGGAUUCCAGGGAGGCCAGGGUAUGGAACAUGCCCGUGGAUAUGCAUAAGAACGUAUCAGUUCAAGUCGAUAGUGAUUUUGCCUUAUUGCUACCAAGUGGAGUUUAUGAAAUCAAGAAAAUGGAACCGCGCUCUAAAAUACGAACAAUCAUUGUGUUUUGUCUCUUUCUGGCCAUAGCCGGUAUCAUCGGAUUCGGAUACUUUUGUCAAGAUCAGGUAUGCGCCCUAUCCAAACGCGCUGUGAUACUGCAGUCCUCGGAUAUCCUCGCCUAUAAUGAGCUCCCGCUCCAUCAGGCCAACAGCAUUAAUGGUAAUGCGAACGGCAACGGCAACAAUGUGGGCGGCAUUACGGCCAUGGCCUCCAAGUCCUCUGCCCCACAGAACAUCAUCGCCAAUGCCGGGCUGAGCUAUGAGGAUGUGCUGAACGAUGAUUUCCAGUUCGAUAUGGAUGGCCAUGAUGUGAUGGUCUUCCUGCACAUCCAGAAGACCGGCGGCACCUCGUUUGGCCGUCAUCUGGUCAGGGAUCUUGACCUCAAGCGUCCAUGUGAAUGCCAGCGGCAAAGGAAACGCUGCUAUUGUUUCCGGCCACAUCGCAAUGAGAACUGGCUCUUCUCCCGCUACUCGACGGGCUGGAAGUGCGGACUGCACGCCGACUGGACCGAGCUGACCAGUUGCGUGGACGUGGAGCUGGACAAGAAUGAGGGCGAGACGGCCAAGCGGCGAUACUUCUACAUCUCGCUGUUGCGACAGCCCAUUGCCCGCUACAUGUCCGAGUACCGACAUGUACGGCGAGGUGCCACCUGGAAGGGAUCCCGGCACUGGUGCUUGGGUAGGCAGGCCACCGCUGCAGAGCUGCCUGCCUGUUACAAGGGCAAAGAUUGGCUGGACGUAGAUCUGGACCAGUUCGCCGGUUGUGAAUCAAAUUUGGCUGCCAACCGGCAAACCCGCAUGCUGGCGGACUUGGCCCUCGUCGGCUGCUACAACAAGUCCUCGAUGCCCGCCCACGAGCGGGAUCGCGUGAUGCUGGCCAGCGCAAAGCGCAAUCUGGCUGCCAUGGCCUACUUUGGACUGACUGAAUAUCAAAAGAUGUCCCAGUAUAUAUUCGAGGAGACCUUUAACCUGCGCUUCGCCAUUCCCUUCGAGCAGCAUAACACCACAAUCUCGGCGACUGCUGUCCAGAACCUUCGACCCGACCAAAAGCGUCGCAUCGAGAAGCUCAAUGGCCUGGACAUCGAGUUGUAUGCCUUUGCCAAGACUUUGCUCUUUCAGCGCUUCGAGCAUCUGAAGGCAAAGGACACAAACUUUGAGCAGCGCUAUGCCAAUCUGGGCAACAUCUACUUCAAGCAGGGCGUCACGGAAUUCAACUGGGACAGCAAUGUGGAGGAUGGGCUCAGCACGGAUCAUUGAACUCGAAACCAAAUAUUACCGAUUAGAAACUUAGAUGUAGGACAACACCAACUCAUAAAUAUGUAGCUGGGCAGGGCAAAAUAGCGUUAGAUGGGGGCGGUCACUAAGGUUACCGAAACGCAGAAGCAUCAGCAUAAAAAAUCAACCGAAGGACUUUAAACUAGCGUUUAAGCAUAAUGUUAAUUAAGCAGAUAAAAAACAUCUAGCAGACUUGGCUUGUUUCAUUCAUAAGUAACACAAACUAGCGGACAUGAUGAUGACGAUGAGCAAAAUCUCAGAGCGCGUAAUAUCUCUAAACCUAAAUCCUAAGCACAACUACGAAAUCUAUGACCAUAACUAUACUCUUUGCUGAUAAGUCGCACACCCUCAACAACCAAAACGAAAAAGAAAUCUUAGAAAAUGUAAAUACUUUGCAUAAAAUGUGUAUUUUAUAAACUCGAAAAUCCUCCUUGUGAGGUGCGAAAACACAUUCGAAUGCAAUUUUCACCUUCACUACGCACCCACAACACAUCGCCAUAAAUUAGAUUAGUUAAUUAAUUUGUAAUACGUAGCUUUUCGUUUAUUAAUGUUACGCCAAGUCUCUGCAAAGCCAAAUCCACACUUACUCUAAGUGCAUAGUGCUUGGGAAAUGUUUUCGAUCCAACAACGCAUUUAUUUUAUUUUAAUACUUAGACAUCACUGUAAAUACUGCAGAAUAAAGUUAAACACAAACGAUUUAAGUAAGAGCAUAGAAAUUAGUUUCGAUUAUAUUUUGAUUCUUUUUGUUUUGGCCAGUUAAAGUGAACAUAUAUAGAGUUGUUAGCCAGACAUCAUUAUUUCAGACAAUAAUUGAUUGGAUAUUGAUACCAAACGAAAAUGCUAAAUUUGAUCAAACAAAAAAGCCAACGAAAUACACACAAAUUGCCUAAAUCAUUACAAAGAGCAUAAGCACACAUAUUGCCCAUAACAAAAGUAAUGUAAAAUAUUUCAAAUAUUGAUUAAUUACAUAAUAAUAUAUGAGGCAUUGGCAUGUGCCAUUUUAUAUAGCAAACCAUAACUAUGAACUAUGGAAUUCCAUAUUUCAAGCAAGUUCAGAAAAACAUAUUGAUUUUCAUUUCCAUGAUUUUGAGAAGAAAACAAAACAAAAAAUUUGUAGCGAACGACACACACACUUUGAGAAUAACAAAGAAAAGCAAACACAACAAAUAAAAGCAGGUAAAAUUGAAUAAAACAAAGGAAUUAUUGAAUAUAC